AGCGUAACGUUGCCGGCGGGCACGCACAAAUAUGCACAAACAGCUCAAAAACAGUUGUUGUGGUCAUCCUAACCUCUCUGGCGGAACACCACCUGGUGACGCAGGUCACCGUUUUGGUGACAGACCGUCGCCGGGUUUGUAGGGGUACCCGUUUCGGUGAGAUUGGAUAUAGAACUACCACCAAAACAGCGAAUCUUUUUUUACUGUGCAUGGACUGGGGUGACCAGAAAAAUAAAUUAUUACAGAGUAACAUAAAUCAAUAUGAGAAUAGGCAAAACUAUCUUUGCACGAUAUAGAGUUGAAAUGUUGGACCGUAUGAAGCGUAUGGGACGGCCCAAAGUUGCCGAUAUGCAUCGCCACUUUUCCUGUCGUUUUCCGGGCAUUCCGCCGGAGCUUCCACCGAAAGGCCCGUACGUAAUUCGCUGCGUGACCCCUCUGCGCGGAACGAGCCGCGUGACGCUUGAUGAAAGAGGACAAAGGAUCCACGUGGAGGGGGCGGGCGAGCGCCCAGCGCGACAAGCUCACUAAUUACACGGCCCUGCCUGAAGCGCCAUGUCGCUCCUCCGAUUCCUGCUGGUCGGGACGCUUGUCCCGAUGCUGAAUGGUGGCAACCACGCUCGAGGCAAAAGCAUCAACACGUACGCUAUGAAACCUUGGGCGUGAUGUCGGUUCGUCCAAGCCAUUUCAACCCAAGCAGACCCUUCGACCGACAGACUCUGACGGGAUAUUUUAAACCAAAAGUAAACGUGACGAACAAUAAUUGGGCGCGCGUGGACCUGGCCGUGCGAUCCAACAACCAAUGGAAAGACAACGCGUUCGUCUUGAACUUCCGGAACUCGGCGUGUUCUACGAUGCGGGAGCAUGUGCCUGACUUCUUUCGCAUCGUUGCGAAACACAGCGGGGCAACCACGGAUACGAAAGCACCCUGCGUCAUUCCAGCCGGACACUUCGCCUUCAAGAAUGAAUCAGUUGCCUGGACAUUUCCCAGCUUCCCUGUGAUGCCUUAUGGACGCUACAAGUUCCGAGCAACAGGAGGCUUCUCCAAGUCCACCGCUCAUCCGUCGUUUUGUGUGGCAGUUGACUGCGAAGUCAUCCCAAAGCCGUCAUAAAUUGAUGGCAACACAUCAUAAUCACAUCCACAUUGUCGCCGAUGGUACAGUUUUCUGAUGAUUGGAUUGUAAUACAAGAAGACCCAAUCAAUCACCUGAAUGUUGGAGUACUGCCCACCUACUAGUACACAAAGAGCGAAGAAAACUCUCAUUAGGCAAAUCACGUUAGGCCACUCUCUUCGAAGCAC